GUAAACUACUUGUCAAAACUACUGGUUGCAGUGCAUUGUUGACUAAAGCUACAUUCGAAUUCCAGUGCUUUCAUUUAUGGCUUUAUUAAACAAUAAUUGUUACCUAGGUACCUGUCAUUUGCACCAGGCAACAAUUAAAACUAAUUUGUUUGUGUUUUUAUAAUCUAUUUGGCUGAACUGAUAUUCCACGUGCUGUUUAUGUUAUUGUUGAAAAUAAAUAAGAACCUACUUUAAAUAUUUUGCCUAUGCUGUUAACAACAAAUUAUCUAUCUAUCGAUCUAUUUUUAUAAAUCUUAAGUCUUAAAUGGAAAAAAUUCAGACCAAAAAAAUGAGGUUAUAUUUAAAUGAUAAUUAUUAGUCAGCUUGGAACAAUCUGAUCAUAAAAUGGAAAGUGAAAAAAUCAGAUGUGGAUGGUUAACCAAGGAUCAUCUCUAUAUAACCUACCAUGACUGCGAAUGGGGACAGCCUCAAUAUGACAACAUCCUUCUAUUUGAGAUUCUUUGUCUUGAAGGUCAACAGGCAGGAUUAUCGUGGAUAACAAUUCUUAAAAAGAGAGAAAACUAUCGAAAACUUUUUCAUAAUUUUGAUCCAUACAAAAUUGCUGAAUUUAACGUUGAUGAUAUCAAUAGACUUGUAGGUGAUUCGCAAAUUGUAAGGCAUAGAGGCAAAAUCGAAUCAAUUGUAAAUAAUGCAAAAUGUUACAUUAAAAUGAUGGAGAAUGGUGAGGAUUUUUCAAAAUUCGUAUGGAGUUUUGUAGAUUAUAAUCCCAUCGAGAAUAGCUGGAUUUCGAAUAGUGAAAUACCAACAGAGACCGAAAUAUCUAAAGGACUUUCUAAGGCCUUAAAAAAGAGAGGCUUUAAGUAUAUUGGAUCUAGAAUUUGUUAUGCAUUUAUGCAAGCAAGUGGAUUAGUCAAUGAUCACUUAUGUGAAUGUAUUUGCAGAAAUAUAUAAAAUAAAUAAGUUUCUUUCUUC